AUGGGGAACCGCCAGGGCCUGGGCCAGCCGCGGGCCGGUCUCUGCCUGCUCCUGGCGGCGCUGCAGCUUCUGCCGGGGACGCAGGCCGAUCCUGUGGAUGUCCUGAAGGCCCUGGGUGUGCGGGGAGGACAGGCUGGGGUCCCCGAGGGGCCUGGCUUCUGUCCCCAGAGGACUCCAGAGGGUGACCGGGCGUUCAGAGUGGGCCAGGCCAGCACACUCGGCAUCCCCACGCGGGAACUCUUUCCAGAUGGCCACUUCCCUGAGAACUUCUCCUUGCUGAUCACCUUGCGGGGCCAGCCAGCCAAUCAGUCUGUCCUGCUGUCCAUUUAUGAUGAAAGGGGUGCCCGGCAGUUGGGCCUGGCACUGGGGCCAGCGCUGGGUCUCCUAGGUGAUCCCUUCCGCCCCCUCCCCCAGCAGGUCAACCUCACAGAUGGCAGGUGGCACCGUGUGGCGGUCAGCAUAGAUGGUGAGACGGUGACCCUGGUAGCUGACUGUGAAGCCCAGCCGCCUGUCUUGGGCCAUGGCCCUCGCUUCAUCAGCAUAGCUGGACUCACUGUGCUGGGGACCCAGGACCUUGGGGAGAAGACUUUCGAGGGAGACAUUCAGGAGCUGCUGAUAAGCCCAGAUCCUCAGGCUGCCUUCCAGGCUUGCGAGCGGUACCUCCCCGACUGCGACAACCUGGUACCGGCAGCCACAGGGGCUCCCCAGGGUGAACCAGAGACCCCUCGUCCUCAGCGGAAGGGGAAGGGAAAAGGGAGGAAGAAAGGGCGAGGUCGCAAGGGGAAGGGCAGGAAAAAGAAGAACAAGGAAAUUUUGACCUCAAGUCCACCUCCUGACUCCCCAGAGAACCAGACCUCCACUGACAUCCCCAAGACAGAGACUCCAGCUCCAAAUCUGCCUCCGACCCCUACGCCUUUGGCCGUCGUCUCCACUGUGACUACUGGGCCCAAUGCCACAAUCCUAGAGGGGAGCUUGGACCCUGACAGUGGAACUGAGCUGGGGACCCCGGAGACCAAGGCAACCAGGGAGGAUGAAGAAGGAGCUGAUUCCACCAUGGGCCCUGACUUCCGGGCAGCAGAAUACCCAUCUCGGACUCAGUUCCAGAUCUUUCCUGGUGCUGGAGAGAAAGGAGCAAAAGGAGAGCCCGCAGUGAUUGAAAAGGGGCAGCAGUUUGAGGGACCUCCAGGAGCCCCCGGACCCCGAGGGGUUGUUGGCCCCUCAGGCCCUCCUGGCCCCCCAGGAUUCCCUGGCGACCCUGGUCCACAGGGCCCUGCUGGCCUCCCAGGAAUCCCCGGCAUUGAUGGGAUCCGAGGCCCACCGGGCACUGUGAUCAUGAUGCCGUUCCAGUUUGCAGGCGGCUCCUUUAAAGGACCCCCAGUCUCAUUCCAGCAGGCCCAGGCUCAGGCAGUUCUGCAGCAGACUCAGCUCUCUAUGAAAGGCCCCCCUGGUCCAGUGGGGCUCACUGGGCGCCCAGGCCCUGUGGGUCUCCCCGGGUAUCCAGGUCUGAAAGGAGAGGCGGGAGCAGAAGGGCCACAGGGUCCCCGAGGCCUGCAGGGACCUCAUGGACCCCCUGGCCGAGUGGGCAAGAUGGUGAGUGACAGCGAGGUCCCCAGACCACCCCUUAUCCAUCCCUCGACACCCAACAUGAGCCUUGGCUUUGUGACCUUGGAGUCUGCUGGUGUCAUUAGUGGGACAAGAGUGCUGAAGGCGGGGAACGGCAGCUCCACUGAGCAUGUGGCAAAGGAAUCCGGCCAGGCCGUAGAGCUUAUGAGGUCAAGGCUCACUGGUGUCUCUGGACAGGGUGAUCGUGGCUUCGAUGGCCUCCCAGGGCUGUCUGGUGAGAAGGGCCAAAGGGGUGAUUUUGGCCAUGUGGGGCAACCCGGUCCCCCAGGAGAGGAUGGUGAGAGGGGAUCAGAGGGACCUCCAGGGCCCACUGGCCAGGCUGGGGAGCCGGGUCCACGAGGACUGAUUGGCCCCAGAGGCUCCCCUGGCCCCACGGGUCGCCCGGGUGUGACUGGAAUUGAUGGUGCUCCUGGUGCCAAAGGCAAUGUGGGUCCUCCGGGAGAACCAGGCCCUCCAGGACAGCAGGGAAACCAUGGGUCCCAGGGACUCCCCGGUCCCCAGGGACUCAUCGGCACUCCUGGGGAAAAGGGCACUUCAGGCAACCGGGGCCUCCAGGGGGAGAAAGGCGAGAAGGGAGAGGACGGCUUCCCGGGCUUCAAGGGCGAUGUGGGGCUCAAAGGUGAUCGGGGGAAACCCGGAGCUCCAGGUCCCCGGGGAGAGGAUGGUCCCGAGGGGCUGAAGGGGCAGGCGGGGCAGGCUGGCGAGGAGGGGCCCCCAGGCUCAGCUGGCGAGAAGGGCAAGCUUGGUGUACCAGGUCUCCCAGGUUAUCCAGGACGCCCUGGACCUAAGGGAUCCAUUGGAUUUCCCGGGCCGCUGGGACCCAUAGGAGAGAAAGGGAAGUCGGGAAAGGCAGGGCAGCCAGGCCUGGAAGGAGAGCGGGGACCACCAGGGUCCCGUGGAGAGAGGGGGCAGCCGGGUGCCACAGGGCAACCAGGCCCCAAGGGCGAUGUGGGCCAGGACGGGGCCCCCGGGAUCCCUGGAGAAAAGGGCCUCCCUGGUCUGCAAGGCCCCCCAGGAUUCCCUGGGCCAAAGGGCCCCCCUGGUCACCAAGGUAAAGAUGGGCGACCAGGGCACCCUGGACAGAGAGGAGAAUUGGGUUUCCAAGGUCAGACAGGCCCUCCUGGACCAGCUGGUGUCUUAGGCCCUCAGGGAAAGACAGGAGAAGUGGGACCUCUGGGUGAAAGGGGGCCUCCAGGCCCCCCUGGACCUCCUGGCGAACAAGGUCUUCCUGGCCUGGAAGGCAGAGAGGGGGCGAAGGGGGAACUGGGACCACCAGGACCCCUUGGGAAGGAAGGGCCAGCUGGACUCAGGGGCUUUCCCGGCCCCAAGGGAGGCCCUGGGGACCCAGGACCUACUGGCUUGAAGGGUGAUAAGGGCCCCCCAGGGCCUGUGGGGGCCAGUGGAUCCCCUGGUGAGCGGGGUCCUGUGGGCCCAGCAGGAGGCAUUGGACUUCCUGGCCAAAGUGGCAGCCAAGGCCCCGUUGGCCCUGCAGGCGAGAAGGGGUCCCCGGGAGAACGUGGCCCCCCUGGCCCCACCGGCAAAGAUGGGAUCCCAGGGCCCCUGGGGCCUCUGGGACCCCUUGGAGCUGCUGGGCCUUCUGGCGAGGAAGGGGACAAGGGAGAUGUGGGUGCCCCUGGACACAAGGGGAGUAAAGGCGAUAAAGGAGAUGCGGGCCCACCUGGACAACCAGGGAUACGGGGUCCUGCAGGACACCCAGGUCCCCCGGGAGCAGAUGGGGCUCAGGGGCGCCGGGGACCCCCAGGCCUCUUUGGGCAGAAAGGAGAUGAUGGAGUCAGAGGCUUUGUGGGGGUGAUUGGCCCUCCUGGACUACAGGGGCUGCCAGGCCCUCCUGGAGAGAAAGGGGAGGUCGGAGACGUCGGGUCCAUGGGUCCCCAUGGAGCUCCAGGUCCUCGGGGUCCCCAAGGUCCCAGUGGAUCAGAGGGCACUCCAGGACUGCCUGGAGGAGUUGGUCAGCCAGGCGCUGUAGGUGAGAAGGGUGAGCCAGGGGAGGCUGGAGACCCAGGGCCUCCAGGAGCCCCAGGCAUCCCGGGGCCCAAGGGAGACAUUGGUGAAAAGGGGGACUCAGGCCCAUCUGGAGCUGCUGGACCCCCAGGCAAGAAAGGUCCCCCUGGAGAGGAUGGAGCCAAAGGGAAUGUGGGACCCACGGGGCUCCCCGGAGAUCUAGGGCCCCCAGGAGACCCUGGAGUUUCAGGCAUAGAUGGUUCCCCAGGGGAGAAGGGAGACCCUGGUGAUGUUGGGGGACCGGGUCCGCCUGGUGCUUCUGGGGAACCUGGCGCCCCCGGGCCCCCUGGCAAGAGGGGUCCUUCAGGCCCCAUGGGUCGAGAAGGCAGAGAAGGGGAGAAAGGUGCCAAGGGGGAACCAGGUCCUGACGGGCCCCCAGGGAGGACGGGUCCCAUGGGGGCUCGAGGGCCCCCUGGACGUGUGGGGCCUGAGGGUCUUCGAGGGAUCCCCGGCCCUGUGGGUGAACCAGGCCUCCUGGGAGCCCCUGGACAGAUGGGCCCUCCCGGCCCCCUGGGGCCCUCUGGCCUCCCAGGGCUGAAGGGAGAUGCUGGCCCCAAGGGGGAAAAGGGCCACACUGGAUUGAUCGGUCUCAUUGGCCCCCCGGGGGAAGCCGGUGAGAAAGGAGAUCAGGGGUUGCCAGGCGUGCAGGGACCCCCUGGUCCCAAGGGAGAUCCUGGUCCCCCUGGUCCCAUUGGCUCUCUGGGCCAUCCUGGGUCCCCAGGUGUGGCGGGCCCCCUGGGACAGAAAGGCUCAAAGGGGUCUCCGGGGUCCAUGGGCCCCCGUGGAGACACCGGACCUGCAGGCCCACCAGGCCCCCCGGGUCCCCCUGCCGAGCUGCAUGGGCUGCGCAGGCGCCGGCGCUUCGUCCCAGUCCCACUCCCAGUCGUGGAGGGCGGCCUGGAGGAGGUGCUGGCUUCGCUCACAUCGCUGAGCUUGGAGCUGGAGCAGCUGCGGCGUCCUCCUGGCACUGCGGAGCGCCCCGGCCUCGUGUGCCACGAGCUGCACCGCAACCAUCCGCACCUGCCUGAUGGGGAAUACUGGAUUGACCCCAACCAGGGCUGCGCGCGGGACUCGUUCAGGGUUUUUUGCAACUUCACGGCGGGAGGAGAGACCUGCCUCUAUCCCGACAAGAAGUUCGAGAUCGUGAAAUUGGCCUCCUGGUCCAAGGAAAAGCCUGGAGGCUGGUAUAGCACAUUCCGUCGAGGGAAGAAGUUCUCCUAUGUGGACGCCGACGGGUCCCCAGUGAAUGUCGUGCAGCUAAACUUCCUGAAACUGCUGAGUGCCACAGCUCGUCAGAACCUCACCUACUCCUGCCAGAAUGCGGCUGCCUGGCUGGACGAAGCCACGGGUGACCACAGCCGCUCCGUCCGUUUCCUUGGCACCAAUGGAGAGGAGCUGUCCUUCAACCAGACGACAGCAGCCACCGUCAGCGUCCCCCAGGAUGGCUGCCGGCUCCGGAAAGGACAGACGAAGACCCUUUUCGAAUUCAGCUCUUCUCGAGCGGGAUUUCUACCCCUGUGGGAUGUGGCGGCCACUGACUUUGGCCAGACGAACCAGAAGUUUGGGUUUGAACUGGGCCCCGUCUGCUUCAGCAGCUGAGAGUGUCCGGGGUGGGAGGGACCAUGAGGGAGCCUCAGAAUGGGGUGCCUUUGGUGCUGAGGCUUUGAAGCCACCGUAUUUAUCGUUACCUGUGACUCUGGAGCCAAUGGGAUGUGACUUCGCUCAUCACGGUCAGUCAUUCCUUCUCCUUUCCAGGGCGCUGGGGGCUGGGCUUCCCUGGCCCAAGGGUCCAGCCUCCUCCCACCCCAUUCCAGGUGGCACACUGCAGUCUGGCUCUUUCUCCCCUCCCUCCCCACCCAAACCUCACCUCCCCACCUCUUGAACCCCCAUGCAAUGAGCUUCUAACUCAGAGCUGAUGAACAAAAGCCUCCCCAUUCCCCAACGCCUGCCUCCUCACUCCUCUGUCGCUGCCCUUCACACCUUUUGGUGCUACCCUUCCCCAGAGUUAAGCACUGGAUGUCUCCUGAUCCCAGGCUGGGACCCCCACCCCCUUUGAUCCUUUCCACUUCCACAGUGAAAGGAUUAAAGUCAGACUACAGAGGGAAGUGGGACUUCCCUUGACUGAGCUGUGUGUUUCUUGUCCUGCCUCAGCCCAGCUCUGCAAAUCCCCUCCCCCUGCCCCCCACCCCCCCAGACUCACCUUGCCAUGCCAGGUGAAUCGGGGACCAAGAUGGUGGGGGGGAAUCAGGAUCCUAAUGGUGCUGCCCUAUUUAUACCUGGGUCUGUAUUAAAAGGGAAAAUCCCCCCUGUUGUAGAUUUCAUCUGCUUCCUCCUUAGGGAAGGCUAGGAUAUGAUGAGAGAUUCCAACCCAAGCCUGGCCCCCCCACCGCCAGGCCAUAGGGCAUAAUUUGCAUCUCAAAUCUGAGAAUAAACUGAUGAACUGUG